GAGGGAGGCUGUCCCAGAGUCUGUGGGUUCCGCGAAGAUCUUGCGCUCGGGCACAAGCAAGGAUGCGAGAAAUCGUGCACAUCCAGAUCGGCCAGUGUGGCAACCAGAUCGGAGCCAAGCCACGAACGUUUCGUGUCUCCAAACAGUAACUGUCUCCGGCUUCCCAAAGUUGGCUGGUGACUUUGGAUACCACGCCAUUCUGGGAGGUGAUCGGCGAGGAGCACGGGAUCGACGCGGUGGGCAGCUACGGCGGGGACUGCGCCCUGCAGCUGGAGAGGAUCAGCGUGUACUACAACGAGGCCCACGGUAAGAAGUACGUGCCCCGAGCCGUCCUGGUGGACCUGGAGCCCGGCACGAUGGACAGCAUCCGGUCCAGCAGGCUGGGAGCCCUCUUCCAGCCGGACAGCUUCGUCCACGGUAGGUCUCCCGCCUCCGGGGGUGUCCUGUUCCCCGCCCCCCCGCCCCCCGCGUCGGGGCGCCGCGACGGUGACUCCUCUGCCGCAGGCAACUCCGGGGCCGGCAACAACUGGGCCAAGGGCCACUACACGGAGGGCGCGGAGCUGCUGGAGAGCGUGCUGGACGUGGUGCGGGCCGAGAGCGAGGCCUGCGACUGCCUGCAGGGCUUCCAGCUGGUGCACUCGCUGGGCGGCGGCACGGGCUCGGGCAUGGGCACGCUGCUGCUGAACAAGAUCCGCGAGGAGUACCCCGACCGCAUCCUCAACUCCUUCAGCGUCAUGCCCUCGCCCAAGGUGUCGGACACGGUGGUGGAGCCCUACAACGCCGUGCUGUCGGUCCACCAGCUCAUCGAGAACGCCGACGCCUGCUUCUGCAUCGACAACGAGGCGCUCUACGACAUCUGCUUCCGCACGCUGAGGCUGACCACGCCCACCUACGGCGACCUCAACCACCUGGUGUCCCUGACCAUGAGCGGCAUCACCACCUCCCUGCGCUUCCCCGGCCAGCUCAACGCCGACCUGCGCAAGCUGGCCGUGAACAUGGUGCCCUUCCCCCGCCUGCACUUCUUCAUGCCCGGCUUCGCCCCGCUCACGGCGCAGGGCAGCCAGCAGUACCGGGCCCUGUCGGUGGCGGAGCUCACCCAGCAGAUGUUCGACGCCCGCAACACCAUGGCCGCCUGCGACCCGCGGCGCGGCCGCUACCUGACGGUGGCCUGCAUCUUCCGCGGCAAGAUGUCCACCAAGGAGGUGGACGAGCAGCUGCUGGCCGUGCAGACCCGGGACAGCAGCAGCUUCGUGGAGUGGAUCCCCAACAACGUCAAGGUGGCCGUCUGCGACAUCCCGCCCCGGGGGCUGAACAUGGCCGCCACCUUCAUCGGCAACAACACGGCCAUCCAGGAGCUCUUCACCAGGGUGUCGGAGCACUUCUCGGCCAUGUUCCGCCGGAAGGCCUUCGUGCACUGGUACACCGGCGAGGGCAUGGACGUCGGCGAGUUCGUGGAGGCCGAGGGCAACGUCCACGACCUGGUGUCCGAGUACCAGCAGUUUCAAGACGCCGGAGCGGCUCUGGAGGAAGAUGAAGAGGUCGCGGGCGAGGCCGAAACGGGAGCAGGAAACUCGGCUCCUUGACCGCGAGAGGCGGCGAGCGAGCGCCCGCGGCGGGGCGCCAGGGACAGGCGCGGUCUCUGCGCGCAGGCGCGUCCGGCAGCCACCCCACGCCCGCUCCGCUCACGGCUCACGGCUCCGCCCACCGCACCGCCCGGCCGCUCCUGCUCCUGCUCCCCUGGGACACGGGACCGUGGGCGGGGCCGGGAUGCGCCGACAGGCGCCAGGGCCCCCCGCCGGCACUCGUGUUCCGAGCACAGUGUACGCACGCCUUUUAGCAGUAAAGUGAAUUCGUGGCAAAGCA